AUGGAUAACACACUUCCAAUGUGCUUGACAAUUAUCGCAUUGGAAGAGCUAAAGAGACUUCUUACACCAAUUGAGAGAUUGCCUCUAAGGUUAGGUGGAGAAUCUGGUAGCGAAUACAUAAACAGACUACUACAUGCCCAUCCUGAUUUAUGCAAAGAAAAAUUGAGAUUAGAUAGAAAUAUAUUUGUGGAUCUUGUUACAUGCAUGAAAAAUAAAAAUUUAUUAUCGGAUGGUCGUUACAUAUCUGUGGCUGAGCAAUUAGGAAUAUUUUUAUAUAUCAUGGCUAAAGGCAGUUCUUAUCGUGAUGCUGCCGGUCGAUUUCAGCACUCUAUUGCAACAAUUGGGUUGUACUUUAAACAAGUACUGGAAGCAAUGGAUUGUGUUGGAGCAUUGGAUGGGACUCAUAUAAAUGCAGUUGUAAGCGAUGAUGAUGGUAGUGCUCAUGAUAUUACUGAAUGGAACCAUUGCUUAACUGUACCAGAAUUUCGAUUUCCCCAUCCACCUCCAGGAAAAUAUUAUCUAGUAGAUUCUGGAUAUCCGAAUACCGUUGGAUAUUUGAGUCCAAUAAAAGAAAAAGAUAUUAGAACCCAUUUGCCUGAAUUUCGAAAUGGUCCACCACCACAAGGCAUGCUUGAACUUUUUAAUUAUCUUCACUCUUCACUUCGAACAACGAUCGAGAGAUGUUUUGGACAAUUAAAAGGUCGAUGGAAAAUAUUGACAAUGAUGCCACAAAUGGACACUAAACAUCAAUUGGCUAUUAUGGUUGCUACAUUCACACUUCACAAUUUUAUUCGAUUACAUGAGUUGGAUAUACCCAUUGAUAGUGGUAUAGAAAUCGAACCAAGAGCAGAUUAUGAUUUGUUUAACGAGAAUCGUAAAGCUGUAAUGAAAGAAGUACAACUUAAUAUAGCGAAGGAAAUUUGGAACGUCUUGUAA